AUGGCCUCUCUCUCAAUACACCAAGCGGCAGCGGUGUGGACGUGCACCACGAAUGAAGAAUGUUCAAUUCUGCAAGGAGGGAUCUGCAACGAGGGAGUGUGCCAAUGUCCCCCCGGACAGCAGAGUGUUAAAGGAGGGACUGUCUGCGUUGGAGCGGGCACCUGCGGGUGUCGUGAAGGGUUCCACUACUUCCUCGGUCGCUGCUGGAGGACAGUCGGCUUCGGAGAAGUCUGCAGUCACAAUGAAGAGUGCCUCGACCUGCCCAGGGACCCAUACAGCCUGUCGUGUGAUGGCACCUGCAAAUGUGCUGCCGGCUACCAGGAGAGGCAGCGGGGCGAAUGUAGAAGGUUUUCUACUGCGCGAGCUAAGGUUUUUAAUUGUUGUAUUUCAGAGUUGGGCUCACCUUCGACUCCUGAGCAGUGUGACGGACUGCUCUCUGUUGUUAUCGACGGUAUUUGUGCCUGCAGACCUAACUUCUUCUACGAUAUCAACAUGAGGGAUUGUAUUAAAGUUUCCCGCAGCCUUGCGGUGGAUUCCUGUGUGAUAGAUGAGGCUUGCCACACCUUCGGGGUCGCUGCAAGGUGUGGCCAGCCUCAAGACCCUUGGCAAAUGAGGAACUGCGAGUGUAUCCCUGAGGAUUCGGUCUGGGAUGCUGAAAGAAAUCUCUGCAGGCUUUUUGCAGGUGUUGGUGAGACAUGCACCAUGGAUAGCGACUGCCUGGCGGGAGAGAUUGAGAUUCAGUGCGUGGAAGAUGACCAGGGCGUUGGAUACUGCCGGUGUCCGCCGCACCUUACAGAGUAUGAGGGUCUGUGCCUCACUUCAGGUUUGAAGCUUGGGGAAUCGUGUCAGUUGAGUCAAGAGUGCACAGGAACAGACAACGCUGUGUGCACCAAUGGAACUUGCAGCUGUUCUGAAGGUUACCAGCAAAUAGGGGACACCUGCGCACCAGUUAUUGGCGGUGCGUGUUUGGUGAACGAAGACUGCGCUAUUGCGAAUACAGUUUGCAAAAAUGGAACGACGGGUCGAACAUGUCAAUGUGAAGAUGAAUUCGUCGCGUAUGAAGAUAUAUGUUGGGAAGUUGCAAACGGAUUCGAAGCGAACUGCACAGUAUCAGCACAAUGCACAGAACGUCUAGGCAAGUCGUCGGCCUGUGUCAGCUCCCAGUGCGUGUGCACACAUGGAAACCACCACAGGGACGGAAGCUGCUGGCCUGUUACUGAAUUAUUUUCGCCUUGUUCGAGGACUAGUCAAUGCUAUCUGGCUGAUUUAACAGAUAGGACAGUCUGCAGGAACGGACUAUGUCAGUGUGAUUUUGACUAUCCCUUCUCCGAAGAACUAGGAACUUGUAAAGAAAGAGUACAAGACUUAGAAGUAAAAGAAAAGGAAAAAGAAAUGGAAAUCCACGGAAUAGAAGAGAAGAUUAAUGAAAACACCAUAUCGGUUGUACAAGGUGUAGCUAAAAUAUUGAAUGUAAGCCCGGAUGAUAUCGAAGAUGCUAUGAGGGUAAAAACAAAAUGA